AUGGAUGUGGCAGAGAUGCGAGGGGCCGAACGGAGAGACAGAAAGAGCAUGAAGAGCUGGGAUGAAAUGACAAGUCAGUACCUCCUGAAUUUGCGGGAAUACCUACAGACUCGCCUCUCAUCUAAGUCCAAGUGA